UUAUUAUGUAAUUAAUGUUAUUUAUAUAGACACGAAUAGGCUACUGUAAAGUUUUUUUUCUACUAGUAAAUAGUAGUUUUGUAAGUAGUUGAACAAAGGAUCAGGUUAAGGCGGGAGGGAGGGUGUCGUGUCUGGGUGGAGGUGGGUGUGAGUUCACCAGGCGUCGCUGCCAAUGGAAACGGCCGACACGAGGAGCUUCGAGCCAGUGCGCCGCUUCGCCUUCAUGUCAGCUCCACUCACCUGCCAGGUGCGCAACGAAGAUGAUGGCCAUGAACGGCAAGCAGCACUUCAACAUGCACCAUGCGCUACACCCGAGCAACGAGAGCAUGCGGCGGGUGUGCCUACCUGCCCCGCAGCUCCAGGGCAAUAUAUUCAGCGGCUUUGAUGAGAGUCUCCUGGCCCGCGCUGAAGCUUUGGCGGCGGCUGACAUCGCGUCUCACGCCAAGAAUCACCCAUUCAAGACGGACGUCACCUACCAUACAAUGAGCAGCGUGCCCUGCUCCUCCUCGUCGCCCACGGUGCCCAUAUCACACCCGUCAAGCAACUUACCCUCGCACCAUCACCAUCACCUGAGCCACCAGACCUUAGAAGGAGAUCUGCUCGACCACAUUUCCUCUAGUUUAUCGGUCAGCGGCAUGGGCGCGCCACCGGACCCGACCGCCCAAGCUCACCAGCACCACCACCUGCAAAUGGGUCACCUGCAUCAAGCCAUGGCUAUGGGCCACCCUCACACCCUGUCGGUCCAUAACGGCAUGGCGUGCAUCAGCGACGUUGAAUCCGAUCCCCGAGAACUGGAGGCAUUUGCGGAAAGAUUCAAGCAGCGCAGAAUAAAGCUCGGAGUGACCCAGGCGGACGUGGGUUCGGCCCUCGCGAACCUUAAGAUACCGGGCGUCGGGUCGCUUAGCCAAAGCACCAUCUGCAGGUUUGAGUCCCUGACACUUUCCCACAACAACAUGAUCGCCCUCAAACCCGUCCUCCAAGCAUGGCUGGAGGAGGCUGAAGCGGCAUACCGGGAGAAAAAUGGCAAACCGGAUCCUUUUAAUGGUAACGAGAGGAAGCGUAAGCGCACGUCUAUCGCCGCUCCGGAGAAACGAUCGCUCGAGGCGUAUUUCGCCAUCCAGCCGCGACCGUCGUCGGAGAAAAUCGCGGCUAUCGCGGAGAAGUUGGAUCUGAAGAAGAACGUGGUUCGGGUUUGGUUCUGCAAUCAGCGGCAAAAACAGAAAAGAAUGAAAUAUGCAGCGGUGCACUAGUGUCGUGAUCGCAAAGAUGGACUUUUUAGGAAUACCACAGGGAUCUAAAAUAUCUUAUUUUAAAACGUAGCCUUUAAAGACUCAAAUUUCUUUUCAUAUUGCCUUCACUUGGUGUAGCAAACGAUUUUACACAGUAAAUUUGAUCAAACUUUGGCCGCCAUUUACAAUACACUGUUCAUGUUAGUGUGCAGUAAUAUUAACAACAUGCAGCACUUAAUGUGUAAUUAUUUUAUCGAUCUGAUUGUGAUUACACACUGUUAUUAUUACUAAAUUAAUCAUGGACAUAGUAAUGUAAAUUGUUGCCUAUUCUUUUAGUUAAGAUGAAUGGAUAUAUUUAAAGCAAUACAAAUGACUCUCUUAAAGGUUUUAAUUUAAAUCACCAAACUCAGAAUAAAAUGUCCACUAAAUUAAAUGAAAGGCUACUAUAACUUUAUACAACUUUGUUUCAGUAUUAUCACACGUGAAAUUAUAUUCUAAAGUGUGUACUAGUGUUUUUGGUAUUUAAAUAAUUAUUUAUAUAACAAUACAAAUUACGCACAAGGUCUACCUUAUGUUGAUAGGGCAUCACAUGAAAUGUUAUUUGAAAGUUGUUUUAACGUUUGUAAUAUUGUUUUGAAUGUCUUGUUGUAAGUGAAUGCAUAUAUGAUGGAAAUCACAUAUUCUCAAACUCUCACGAAUUUCUUUUUUUUCGUGAAUGAUCAUCAGUUAGUGAUGAUAAUAAUAUGCAAAAACUGAUGGUGUAAUGAAGAAUGCUGCUAUUUCAUUUGCAUUAAUGUAGCCACUACAAUCACUCUUACGCGUAAUCUUCACUUUACAAAAUGUGUGACUUUGAAUGUUAUUUAAUAAACUGUUGAUUUUUUCAAAGCCUUCUUGAG